AUGGCAAAGCUAGUUUGCCAUUCACAUCUUCUUCUGCUCAUCAUAGUUUUCCUCUCUCUCCAUCCUUCAAGCCAGCUACAACAAAACACUCAGUCACAAACCCUUCUGAAGAUCCAACAGCUUCUCAACUACCCAUCAGCCUUAACCAGCUUCAGCCAUAGAAGCAACAUCAGAGACUUCUGCAAAAUUGAACCAACUCCAUCUUUGACUCUAUCCUGUUAUGAAGGCAACGUAACCCAGCUGCACAUUAUUGGCAACAAUGGUUUUCCUCCACUGCCUCGUGAUUUCUCAGCAGACUAUUUCUUUGCCACUCUUGUUGGCUUACCAAGCUUGAAAGUGCUUUCACUGGUUUCUCUUGGUUUAUGGGGGCCAAUGCCUGCAAGUAUUGGGCAUUUGUCUUCACUGGAGAUUCUCAAUGUAAGCACAAAUUACUUAAGUGGUACAGUUCCUCUCCAACUUUCAUAUCUGAGGAACCUUCAGACUCUCAUACUUAACCAUAACAAGUUCACUGGUCAAGUUCCAGGUUGGUUGAGUUCACUUCCAGUCUUGGCUGUUCUCAGUCUGAAAAACAAUAUGCUUAAUGGCUCUUUGCCAUAUUCUUUGGCAUCUUUACAAACUCUCAGAGUUCUCUGCCUAUCAAGUAACUUCUUGUCAGGGGAAGUGCCUGAUCUCAGAAACUUGACAAACUUGCAAGUUCUUGAUUUGGAAGAAAACUAUUUUGGGCCUCAUUUUCCAAGUAUGCCUUCCAAGUUGGUCACACUUGUGCUAAGAAAGAACAAGUUUCGCUUGGGAAUCCAGACUGCAUUAGGCUCCUGCUAUCAGCUCCAGAAGCUGGACAUUUCAUUGAAUGGAUUUGUAGGGCCAUUUUUGUCAUCAUGGGAUUUGCCCACUUGUCUGAAAAGGGAUUCUAAGAGCAGGGUUGUUCUGUAUUCUGGGAAUUGUUUAGUAAAUGAAGAUCAGAAGCAGCACCCUUCUUACUUGUGCCACAAUGAAGCUCUGGUUGUGCGAAUACCACCUCCUAGUGAGGAAAAGCAUAGGAGAACUUAUGGUAAACACGUUGUUGCAUCAAGUGCAGUGGGAGGUAUUGUGGGUGCAAUUGCAGUUGUUGGUUUAGCUUUCAUGGCUGCUAAGAAGUUUUAUAGUGAGCACACUACUAAAACUCCCCAAACAAGAAUAUAUAUAUCAGACACAAUGAAGCUGGGAGCUAGCCUUCCUGCUUAUAGAACUUUUGCUUUGGAGGAGCUUCAGGAAGCCACCCAUAACUUUGAUGAUUCAACAUUACUAGGUGAAGGUUCACAUGGACAGAUAUAUAGAGGGAAGCUCCCUGAUGGAACCUUUGUUGCUAUAAGAGGCUUGAAAAUGAGAAAGAGGCAGAGUCCACAGGUCUACACACACCUCCUUGAGCAGAUUUCAAAACUGAGACAUAGCCAUUUGGUUAGUGCUCUUGGACAUUGCUUGGAGUGCCAUCCAGAUGAUUCAGGCGUCAGUAGAGUAUUUCUUAUACAUGCCAUACAGAUUGCAAUGGAGAAAGGACCUCCAGGACGGAAGCUUACCUGGCCGCAGAGAAUAAUAGCUGCAAUUGGAGUUGCAAAGGGUAUUCAGUUUCUGCAUACAGGGAUUGUUCCUGGUGUUAAAUCAAAUAAUCUGAGGAUAAAAAAUGUCUUAUUGGAUCACAAUCUUCAUGUAAAAAUAAGCAGCUAUAACCUACCUCUUUUGGCUGAAAGCAGGGGAACGAUGGGCACCACAGUUUCUUCUCCGGCACCAAAAGGAAGCGUUCAAGCGAGGUACUAA